AUGACGAAUCGUGGGAUUGUGAUCGUGGCGGCCAUUGCCAUGGUCGCUUGCCUGUUGCUGCUCCAAAUGUUCACCACCCGCGCGCCCAAGGAGGAUGUGCAUUUGGAGCAGCGUGGGUAUGAGGUGGAUAGUUUGCAUGAGUUUGUCGAAGGUAUGGAUCAGCGUCUACAUACCGUGCAGGAUGCAUUGCAGCAGAGCGAGAGGGACAAAACAGCUCUGCUUGAGGAGCUGGAUGCUCAAGCUGAACAGCAGAAGACUUUCCGGCAAAAUCUGGCAAACCUGCGCCAGAGACUGGCCGAGGCAGAAGACGCGGUCAAUGAGCGAGCAGGACGGGACACAGACGCGGGUCUUUCGGCGGCUGAUGCCGCAGUUCUUGAGAAGCGAACGCGUGAGGCUGUUCGCUUUGGCAUUGAUGAGCACGAGCGAAGGCAUCAUAGUGCGCCCGCACCCGCACCCGCACCUGCACCAGCACCCGCACCCGCACCCGCACCCGCACCAGCGCCAGCACCAGCGCCAGCACCAGCACCGGCGCCCAACAAUAACAAGCCCGUGGCCCCGGAGGACGUGCCGGCCAACCUGAUCAACCAUUACAGCUCUUUGUCACCCCAAGAGGCCUUUGGUAUUUAUGACGAAUUUGGUGUCCAGGGCCUUGAGGACUUGGACCCACGCUUUGAGCUUAGCCUUCGUAGUCCCAAUUCGCUCUCAGAGACGGAGCUCUUCUCUCACGUCGAAUGCUUGGGCCCAGCGUUCAAUCGCUCCUGCAUGUACCGCAACCUCUAUGCCGACAAGCGAGGCUUUUUCACGCUUCACAAAGCGGGUGCUAUGGAGGACAUUUUCAAGAACCCUCAGCAGUAUGCUACCCACCGCGAUGGCAAGUUUGGCCAAGGCUGGACACCCGACCGCCGUACUGUCGACAAUACAGAGGAGGCUCGCCGACUGCUUUCAAAGAUGAGCGCCAACCAACAGGUGCACAACUAUCAAGGCAUCAACCUUUAUUAUCACACCAUGUGGGCGUCCAACGUCGGCCACGGCUUGUGGGAUGGCCUCUACCCUGCCUACAACUCUCUGAUUCGGUUCAACCAACACAUGAAGCCAACACGAAUGAUCGUGAGCCUACCCGAGGACGAUGGCAAACCUUGCGGCCCUCCCAACACCAAAGGCUGCCAGGCCCGCGAAAUCAUGAAGCGCUUUGGUCGCCGCGGGCUCCUUCGGUACCAAGACAUUGAGCACCUCACGCGGGCAGGCAAGGUCCUGCGCUUUGAUCGUGUCAUCACGGGCAGUGGCCAUAUGGCUCAGCGCUACAUGCAGGCUGACCUCACCUUGCCCGGGGCUCGUGAGCUUGAUACCGUGACGCACUUUCGCAAUCAAAUGUACUGGUCCCAUCAAGUCACCCUGCCGCCUUACAACCCGGGUCGUCCUUUUGAUAAGAUUCAUGCCAUCUUUAUCGACAAUCGCCGCUACUCCAAGGAGGAGCGCGUGGAGAUUGACAAGUCGAUUGAACAAGCACGGGCUGAGAACAUGGACGUCAAGUACAUUGGCUGGCAAGACUACUACCCCUUUGAGAAGCAACUCGAGCUUUUGGCUGCGACGGAUAUUUAUGUCACUGGACCUGGUACCGGCAUGAUGAUUCAUAGUUUUAUGAAGAAUGGCUCGGUCAUCGUCAACGUGCAAGACAAUUUCAUCCGCUACGGCGUUGUUCACGUCAGCUCCGAGGAGGAGUAUGUCAGCGAAUCAACUCCUUAUAUGCGUGCAAUUUACUACGACGGCCCCACCCGUCUGCUAGGCUUGCGGGCCGGAGAGCUCUUGCGCCUCUAUCGCGAAGCCUUUAAGCUCGUCAGCAACGGGUUUGAAAUUCCCAUCACACCCCGAAGCAACCUCUCUCCUGAGGGCUUGGUCAUGGUUGAGGCAUGUGAUAUGAAUCCAGUGGCCUGCAAGCAAAUGCUCGAUGAGAUGAACGGCCUGCACCCCCCGUGGCAGUGUGUGGCUGACGGCUGGGCCAGCUUUGUUGUUCAUGAGGUUGGUGGUUAUCAAGAGGGCUUCAUUCCACCUGAUGGUCGCAAUGGCUCUUGUACCAUGCCACGCACGGAAGUGCGUCAGCUACGGCAAAAGUAUGCCGCACAACUAGGCCAGCGCAGUGUCAUUACGACCCCGGCACCCGUCACCAUGCCCGCCCCUGCCCAGCUCCAGUUUUCUCCAGAGGAACUGGGUCCCAUGCCCUCGGUGCGAGAUGGGCGGCCUAUUUACUUCUUUCACUUUCACAAAGCCGGCGAGUUUGGCCUAUGCCGUAGCGCCAAGCUGCAGUCAGAGCGCCUAGCCAAGCAGCAGUGGAAUUGCAACAGCCCAGGAGACGAUCCCGGCUUCAACGAUGGCCCUGGUGGGUUGUACAACCAAGGGUUGACCUGUGCUGAUCGAGCCAAAGCGGUGAUCGACAGGGAUGCCUCGUUUUUUGCCGUCGAGACCGUUUUUGUGCCCGAACAUCGCAAAUGCACAGACCAGUUCCAGCUGGCAACGAUCGUUCGAAACCCGAUUGAGCGGCUGAUGGAUCACGUUAGCUUUACCUCCCAAUACUGGCCCGAAGAGCCGUCCGUCAUCUUUGAUUGGGCCAAUCACACGCACUCGGAGAAGGAUCAGCGUCGAGGUACCCCAAUCGUAGACAACUUUAUGAUCCGGACUUUGCUUGGUCUUGAUGUCUAUCGACAGUCGGCCGGUUCCAUUGGCGCCGCUGAGCUGAACCGAGCCAAGGAAGUUUUGCGCAGUUUUGUCAUUUUUGACUACGCUACGCUACAGGAGACAGGACCGCAGCUGGCGCAGUGCUUCCUAGACUGGAAACCCAGCCAAUCACCCGACUAUAUGGUUGAACCCUUCAAUGCCGGCCUUUGGGUACACCUCAAUCGUUUUGGCCACGAUCGCGUUCGCCAGCUAGCCGAACUCAAUAAGUACGAUAUGGAGCUUUAUGCCUGGGCGCAACAGCGCUCCAAAAUGCAGCUACAGGCGUGUGAGGGCAUGAAGCCGGCGCAGGAGGACUUGUGAGUGCAGCUUUUGCACGACAAUAUGGUCUUUGACCACCAGGCUUUUGGAGUGACCUUUGAUUUGUUUUUGUUUUUGUUUUUUAAUUCGCGAAUGCGCUUCGUCAUCCAAGCAUGCAUCUGGGGCUGCUGCAUCCUUGUCAUGAUGAGGCCCGAGUGCCAGUUUUUCGAUAAAGUUAUUAACCACUAGUGUUCACAUUUAGGCCACAUUUUGACUUGUGUGCGCACCACCGUGACCGCUUCCAUUUGAUUGCUAUCCUGAGUGCAGCCAUCGAAAUUGAGGAUGCCAACAUC